CUGAUCUAUAGUAUGGACAGUCAGUCCUCCUGACGCAGACGUCCAUCAUGAGAAACGGGCACCGCCCAGCGCGCUGACAUUAGUCCAGACCACAAAUCAUGCUGCUGAGGACUAGCGAUAACUUUGGGGCUACAGAGACUCACAGGAGGAACUAUAACUAGAUUCAAGGAUGAGAAACGUCCGUGCAAAAGCUCUCUUGCUAGCAGGAGUUCUUAGUCUGUUUGUCCUCCUUCUCUGUAAAGACUUUAUUGACAACAACAUCUUCAACCUCGAAGAAGAUGCGAGGGAAGAUAAACAUCAAAUAAGGCAAUUGAUACAAAAAAAACCCUAUGUAUAUUCCUGGCCAGCAUGUCAACAAAAUAUGUCUGCCGCCAACAUCACAGGCUUCAAAACUCUUCCUCAGCACAUCCAAGACUUUCUCUAUUAUCGACACUGUCGCCAUUUCCCCAUGCUACUGGACCUUCCUUACAAAUGUGGAGGAGCUGAUAAAUCUGCAGAAGUCUUCCUUCUGCUGGUCAUUAAAAGUUCCCCUGGCAACUACGACCGUCGAGAGGUGCUGCGUAAAACCUGGGCUAAAGAGAGGCUACACAAUGGUGUGUGGAUCCGAAGGGUCUUCAUCUCAGGGACCACAGAUACUGGUUUUGAGAAAGAGAGACUGAACAAACUACUCAAGGUAGAGCAACGUGAGUACAAUGACAUCAUCCAAUGGGACUUUCAUGAUUCAUUUUUCAACCUCACCUUGAAGCAGAUCCUCUUCCUGGAAUGGAUGGAACAAAACUGUCCAAACGCUCACUUCCUUCUGAAUGGUGACGAUGACGUCUUGGCCCACACAAACAACAUGGUCGAGUAUCUCCAAGGCCUAAAGGACAACGAUGGAAGCAAACACCUCUUUGCUGGUCAUCUGAUCUAUAACGUAGGGCCCAUAAGAGAAUCUUGGAACAAAUACUAUAUCCCAGUGCAGGUGCAGGAGUCAAACUCAUAUCCCUCUUACUGUGGUGGUGGGGGCUUCCUCCUGUCUGGUUAUACAGCUAUGGUUAUAUACAACAUGUCUCAGUCCAUUACCAUUCUUCCCAUUGACGAUGUUUACAUGGGGAUGUGUCUGGCCAAAGCAGGACUAAGUCCCGCUUCUCAUAUGGGUGUGAAGACAGCAGGACUGCACAUUCCCUCCAGAAAACACGAUGUUUAUGAUCCUUGCUUUUAUCAGGAUGUUUUACUGGUGCACAGAUUCCUUUCAGCUCAAUUGUAUCUUAUGUGGAACAUUUUAAAUGAUCCUAAUCUGGAAUGUGGUCCAAAAAAAAACUUAAGCAGUACCAAACUGUAGCUUACAGGCUGUGACAGAAGCUGAUUGACUCUUUGUUUCCUGCACCUGCUCUUGGGAUGUUAGAUCAGGUAUUACUUUCCAUCAGGAGAAACCGUUUUAUACCAUUGUCCAGCUGCAGGCUAAAGCAUUAUUUUGUCAUCAAAUCUGAUUCAAAUGCAGUAGUGUAGAUUUGAGAUUUCACUGGAUUUAAAAAUUGGAUGGAAAAACUUGCAUUGUGUCAUUGUUGGCUACAUCUAACUGACAGGUACAAGUCACAGGAUGCAAAGUGAUGACAUUUUUGACAGAUAUGAAUGUAAACUGUAACUUGACUAGAGAGGAACAGGUACAGAAGAAUACAACAGGGAGAACCUUUUAGUUUCAGUAUGUGCCUGUUUAUUUUCUUCACAAAGAGAAGAAUAAAUGUUCUUUUAAACCAGAAACCUUUGUCAAAAUUGCCAAAGGAUGUUCUGGAGAACAGUUGAUAUAGUGUGAAAUCUUCUCUCUUAAUAUUUAUAUUGAAUAGAUCUAUGUAAAGGGGUCUUUAAUUAAAAUAUUCUUGUGAGAUUACUGUAGGAGAAAGUAGAUUUCCAUGUUUUUAAAAUGUGUCUGUUAGAUAUCCAUUCUAUUUUCCUGCUGCUAAGAAAAGGUUUUAUAUUAAGAUGUUUUAUCAUCAAACUUGUAUUUGAUUUUAUACAAAAGUAGUUUGUACUAAUAUAAUCGUGUUGUUUAACCUUUUUCAGGGUAAUCCUGAUGUGCACUAUGUAUUUACACAUCUAGGCGAGAGCCCUGUGCAGAGCUCUGUAUACAUUCCAACACCAAUAAGUCAUUUUUUGCACUUCAUCUCAAAUUAAAGAAAAUGAAUGGGUAGCUCAGAUUAAGGACACAGGACCUGUUUGCAUAAUAUUGCUAACCUGUAGGAAGUUCCUGUUUAAAAGCAACAGGUUAAUAAUCAGCAGAGAACAUGAAAUCAGAUUUGCUGAGUACCAAACAAACCAAACUUCUCAAUAAAGCAGCCAUCAACUCACAGAGGAAAUGAGUGUUUCUUCCUGUCCAGUUACUAUGCAAGAUUUACCAUGUUUUCAGACCCAAUACUCUCUGCAGGGAUGUUUUCCUCUUAAGAUAGACGUUCUUGACCCAUCACUUUUUCCAUACAGUUUGACCUGCUUGUUUCCUGUCAUUGUUUAUUUGUAGUUUGGUGAAUGUUUUGACUUCUUACUGUGUUUCUGCCAUAGAGAUGAAACUGUAUCACAAGUACCAGCGUCAUCUUACUUUUUUGGAUUGUACUCGGCAGAGUAAAAUCCAAAAAAGUAAGAUGAUAACUUGUGUGUGGAUGUAUAUAAUUGGGUGGUAGGGUUUACAGUAUAACUUUGGUUUCUACAGGGAAUAUGGAAUUGUGGUGCCCUCUAUUGUCCAAAAUAUGUUACUGCAGUAUGACUAUACAAUCCACAAAUAAUGAACAUGUUACAUACAGUUGUAUUGUACCUCAAUGAAGAUAUGUAGAAUUACAAUGUUUCAGGAAAACCUUUCUACUGAUGACAGUAACAGUAGUCGGUUGUUUAAUAUUUGUAUCUCAUUGUACUUCAGCAGUGAUGUUAUUUGUAAUUUUAGUUUUUAAAGACAACAAGGAAAUAUAGGGAGACUUCUUGUGGACAAAGAGAAAACGUUUGUCACUUUUCUAAUAUUUUUCUAAGAAAGACACAUUCCCUUUCAGCUGAAAUGUUACAUGUGAGGAUUGUGGCACUUUAUGUAUGUUUUUCUAUUGGAUUGCCUAUUUUAUUGGGGAAGUUUUCUAUUCAACUAAUUUAAUAAUUAUUAACAUACGUUUCAUUGUAUGUGCAGGGUGGAGGGGGCUUCUGAAAAUGUAUAAAGACAAUAAAGCUGAAUCUCAAACUUGAAAGAAAUAAAAAAUAGUAAAACAUA